ACGGCAGGCGGCAGAUGGAUCAGCGGCGAGCGGCGGGGGCGCUGCUAGCGCUCACCGCGUGCAUCGCAUGCACGACUGCGGCCCCUACGGCCAAUAAUCAGACGGCGUUAGAUUUAUAUGAUGCUGCAACAGAGGGUUGUUACUACAACUUCCAACACUACGGUGAAGGCGACAGGAUUAUGACCAAUGAGCCAUGCCUCAACUGCACCUGCCAUAAUCGAAUGCUUAUGUGUUACCUGAGAGUGUGCCCCUUCACUAAGCCUAUAGGUCAGGACUGCACGGUCGAGAAACGGGCUGACCAAUGUUGUCCCAUUGUCACUUGCCCUGACGUUCCAGUUGACCUGCUCACAUCGACUUCUACCACCUCUCCAGCGGAAUAUGGAGCAACUGGACUUGGUAGAUUAGAUAAAUAUGGUUGCAGCAUUAAUGGUAGAUACUUCCCAGAGGGAUCCAAAGUGCCUCCAACACCGAACAAGCCUUGCGAGCAUUGCUACUGUAUUCGAAAUAUGACGACUUGCGUUAUGCAAGAGUGUACACUCCAUGUAGAUGGAUGUACUCCUAUUUACCAUAAAGAUGUCUGCUGCCCCGUCCGAUACUCUUGUGAUCACCCAGAAGAUGAAGUGCCUCUUUUGGAUGACAUGAGUACUACAGUACGACCAACACCAGGAUUCUUGUUAACUACUACAACCGUUGCACCUGUAACACAGAUGACCCAGGACUGUAUUCAUGGUGAUCAAAUUUUCUCUGAUGGGACAUCAAUAAAAACAGAAAAAGCUUGUGAACAUUGUUACUGUAUGAAAGGUGAUAUUGUAUGCGUUGUACAGGAGUGUGGAACACCAAUGGAAAAUGAAGGUAAAAAUUGCACUUCUCAGCCUCCUCGUGAAGGUCAAUGUUGUCCAGACACAUAUAUCUGUGAAGGUGAUGAACCAAUUACCGAUGUUUCUGCUGAUUUAACAACUGAAAUAUUAUUAGAAGAGUUAACUACUUUAUCGCCACCUAGAAGAGUUAGUGAUGAAGACAACGGUUAUAGAAAUGAACCAGACGAAGCUACGAAUACUGAGAAACCAGAAGAGGAAGCUGAAAUUGGAAGCGGAGAUAGUGAACAAGCAACAUUCAAACCAGAUGAGGAUGAAAGACAAACUGCUUUGCCAUCUACGAUUACAGAUAAUGUAUCUGUUAUAGAACAUGCUUCUACAACUGCAGCCUUUGUGGAAGUUGGAAAAGUGACUACUGAACCAAACAAAGAAUUAAAUACUGUUCCUAAUGAUAUAGAAACAUCAAAACCAGAUGAUCAGUUUACAUCUAUAUUAGAUAAGGAUCAUGAAAUUCCUACACAUACAACAGAACCUGCUUAUAGAAAAGAAGAUGAAGACUCUUCUGAAGCUUUCUUACAAAAUAAAGACAAAGACACAGACGAUUUAGAAACCACUGCAAAGACAACCGCCUAUGACGUAUUAUCUGAAAAAGAAAUUACAGAAUCUCCUCUAAUAAAUAUUGAAACAACUAAAAGCGAAGAAGCAAACAUUGUAUCGACUUCAGAAACAAAACCAACUAACAUUGUGGAUUCUACAGAAGAUAUUUUUAGAACCACUGAACCCGAAGAUAUAACAUUAUCUGAAACAACUACAAGAACGACUACAGAUGACGUUUAUAAAGCGGAUAAAGAUAUUACUAAGACACCACAAUCUCAAAAACCCACAACUGAAUCACCUAUAGAAAUGUCUACAUCAAUAAUUGAGACUACCAAAGAAGAUUUUGCUACGUCAGAAACAUUACCAGAAAUUUCUGUGUUAAACGUUACUAAACCUCAUAAAGAUACUGUUGUAACCAAUGAAUAUAAAGAGUUGACAACUUCAAUACCUAUACUUACUGAUGUCGAUGAAAGUAAUGAGUCUCCUGUAACUGAUUUAGCAAGUGAUCGUAAAGAGACAACAGUUGGAUUAGCAGUACAAACUACUCCGUUAUACAGUGGAGAACCUACAGAAAGUAGUGCUGGAGUUACAUUGGAACAAGAAGUAACAACUGUAUCUAGUUCUGAAAAUACUGUAGGCCCAAUAAGUGAGUUUUCUAAAGAAACUGCAGCAACAGAUAUAGUCCAAGACAUAGUAACACCAUCAAUUAUCACUGAGUUGGAGAAGGAAUCGUAUACUACCACUCAUAUAUCAAGCGAGGAACCUACAACAGUUAUUCCAAAUAAAAACGAAUUUGCUACAGUAGACACAAAUGAAAAUGAAAUUGGUGACUUUACUACUCAAGGCCCUGGAAGAAUACCAGGAGAAGGAGACUGUUUGUUGGAUGGUAUUACAUACAAAAACGAGAGUAUAGUACCUAACAGUAAUAAAUGUCAAAUAGAAUGUAAAUGUGUUAGUAGUAUUAUUAAAUGCGAUCCUAUAAUUUGUAGUUAUCCACCGGAAUAUAUGAACAGUUGUGUUCCUACCUACGAUUCUCCAGAUGCUUGUUGUCCAACAUACAUAUGCGAUGAAUCUCAUGAAACGAUUCCCCCUCAAGCGCAUAGUCAGAUGUCAGGAACAGAAAGUCCAGUUACUAUACCUACAACAGAAUGUCAUGGUGAUCAGUGUGACUUACAAAAAGAGCAAAAACCCCAUGAACCUAUUUGCUCAUCUGACGACGGCUGUUCAAAUGCAGGCGAAGUAGGAGAGAAAUCUGACGAGGUGCCAACUGGUAUAGAUCAGCAUGUUUCAAUACCAGAUUGCGGAGGUAAAGAUUGUGAUAACAUUAAUCAAAAUGUUACACCUAUUUCAACCGGAAGUUGUAUAGACGGUGAUUGUAAAAUACUACCAACUGCAACAGAUUCUUUAUGUCAAGAUGAAAACUGCAAAACAAGUUCAACCCAAUUAUGUGCUAAUGGUGAAAAAUGCGAAGAAUCUAUUCCUGACAUUCAGAAACCAUGUGACGGUGAAAAUUGCAAAAUUAGUUCUAGCCAACCCUGUGCCGAUGGAGAAAAGUGUAAAGAAAUUACUACAGAAGUUCAAAUACCAUGUAAGGGAGAAAACUGCCAAACGAAGCCAACACCACCUUGUAGUGAUGGAAACAGCUGUGACGAAACUACUCCUGAACUACAAAGUCCCUGCGAAGGUGAAAAUUGUAAAGUUAGACCAACCGAACUGUGUAGUAAAGGAGAAAAAUGCGAAGAAAGUGUUCCUGAUAUGCAAAGACCAUGUGAAGGGGAUGAUUGUAAGAUUAAUAUAUCUCAAUCAUGUAGUGACGGAGAUGAAUGUAAAGUUACCGCCCCUGAAACCCAGAAUACUUGUAAGGGUGAUAACUGUAAAGUCAGUCCAACACAACUUUGUAGUGACAGAGAUAAAUGUGAUGAUGCUAUUUCAGAUAUUCCAAAACCAUGUGAAGGUGAAAACUGUAAAGACAGUCAAACUCAAAUUUGCGGCGAUGGAGAAAAAUGUAAAGAAUAUUCUUCAGAAUCUGAUUGUGAUAAUAGUGAUUGCAAUGUACCUACAGUGGACCAAGACCAAAAACAAGAAUCCGUUGAAGACUGUGCUGAAGAGUCAUGUAGAAAACAAACCAUACCCAGUACUGAAAAUAGAUUGCCUUCUGAAUGCACUGACUCUGAAUGUGAUCAACAAAAACCAAUUUUAUCACUACAACCAACAGAAAGUGAAUCUGUCCCUACUACAAUAUCUAGUUUAGAAAUCACAUCCGAACCGAUAUCGGGAACAUAUUCAACAGAAUUAGAACAAACUGAAUCUUCCUCUAUAUCUCCCAGUUCUUCAGAAGCUGAAACUGAAAAACCAUUGAUUGAUACAAUCACAGAAAAAGAUUCUGAAUUGACAACUGUAUUACCCGAGGAAAUUUCCGAUAAGGAUAGAUCUGAAUCUCCUGAAGUUAGUAAAACGGAAAAAUCUGAUAUUCCGUCGACGACAGAAUCAGAACUAUCCGAACCACAUGAGAGAGUAACGGAACAAGAUCAGACUAUGUUGACGGUUAAACCAGAUAUAACAAUUGAUAAGGAUAUAUCUGUAACUACAGCAGAAGCAGUAGUAACAGAACAAAUUACCGAAUCAUAUAAAGUCACUAAAUUACAAAAUGAGCAAACAGAUAAUACGGAGGUGUCCAAAUAUACAACUCUACCUAGUGUAUCUGAAACAUCAGAUAUAGAUUCAGUAACAAAAAUACCUGAGGGCGAUAAACUAAUUACCGUGGAACCGAUAGAAUCGAUAACGAAAUCUCAAGACUCGACUGAGCCGUCAUAUAUUGAAGAAAAAGAAACAGAAAUACCACACACAUCUACAAUUGAAGAGGCAGUGACGAAAUAUCCUCAAUUAUACACUGAAGAAGAUACAGGGUAUGAAUCACAUACCAAACCAGAAAAUAUCGAUAAUAUAACAGAAAAAGAUCUUGUUACAGAAACAUUACAUCAAUUAAAUACCGAAAAGCCUGCAAUUGAAACUACCGUAUCUUCAGUAGGUGACGUAACAGAAACAUCUAGUACUCCUGUAUCAGAAACAAAUGAAUUAAUCCCUGGUACAUCAACAGAACAUAUUGAACAAACACCGACAGAAAUGACCCCUCCUGAUAAAAAAAUUGAUGAUAAACCACAUUAUACUGAAGAAACAGAACUAUCCAGUGAAUCUUCUUUAAAACCAGAAGAAACUAAUAUAGAAAAGGAAGCAACUAGUGCUGAUACAGAUAUAACUAAACAAGAAAUUGAAGUUACAACUGAAGACAUAAUGUCUGUUACUUCGGAGUACACGAAGGUAGAUGAAUAUGUUACAAUAGGUGUAAUUACGACAAAGCCGGAAGCUAGUGAAAUACCUGAAACUGAAGUAACUACUCCACAUUCAGCAGACACAAAAUCAACAUAUUCACCUGAUAUUUAUAGUCAUGUCACAGAAGUGCCAGAUAAUGAAAAGGUAGAUAAGGAUAAAUACACUACAAGUAAUGAAAUUUCAGCAUAUACCACACGGGAACCUGCUCAAGAAGAACCUGCAUCUUCAAUAGCAACCGAAAUUAGUACUGACAAAUCAACAAGCGUAACAAUAACCGAAGAUAAAUCUAAGAUACAGCCACCAGAAGAUAUAAUUACUGAAACUCCAGAAAUUUACACUGAAGAACCAACUGAUAUUAAAACAGAUGAUUUACUAGGAUCUACUACAGGUACAUUAGAAUUAGACUCUACUGAAUAUAUUCCUGUUCAUCCAUCUAUUGUAACUGAACGAUCAGAGAAAAUUCCAGAAAAUGAGCCAGUAACUGAAGUCGCUUAUAUAACAGAAGAACCUAAACAGCCAGAUGUUAUUUCUGAAGAAAAUCCUGAUAUUGUUUCUCGUCCUUCAGAUGAUACUGAUUAUAAAACAUCAGAAAUCACAACGACACAAGCAAACUUAGAAUAUGAAACUGUAUCUUCUGAUUUAGAAGGAAGCACCGCAAGACCUGACAUAGUGGUAACAGAACAAGAAGAUAGUUAUACAAAAUCUCCACAGAUUAAUGUCAAUCAAGAAUUUGCUACAAAAUUACCGGUACUUGACAUUACUCGAUCUGAUGAAAUUGCUGAAUCUGAUGUUAGUUUUACUAAAGAUGAAAGUACGGAAAGUGGAAUAUAUUCCACUACUGAAGGAGGAGACAUUUUAUAUGAGCAAAAGGAAAAAGUUACAAAAUUACCAGAAACACUAUCAUCACUUGAACAAGACAGAACAACUCCCAAAGAUGAACACAUUGUAACUGCAGCUGAAGAACUACCUAAACCUGUAACAUCAAUAUCAGAAUCUGAAAAAGAUAGUACAGAACACCCAGAAUCUGCUGUAUCAGAUGACCUAAGCGAAUUGCCAGAGAAUCUAACAACGCCUGAAGAACAAAAAAUAGUGACACAUUUACCACAAGAAUUAACCACUUCGCUUCCAAUCAAAUCAAUAGAACCAAGUACAACAUUAGAACCAAGUUACAUAGAAGAAGAUGAUACAAUAGAUGUUUCAAAACCUGUAAUCAGUAAAGAAACAGAAUCACCACAAUCUCAUAUAAAAGAAACAGAAGAACAUACAACACAAUUGGAUCUGAAUAAUCAACCUGAAAUUGGGCAAAGUACUGAAAGAGAACCUAUUCAGCCUUUAAAACCAACGGCAACUACAGAAAAAUUAGAAAUAUCUGAAUUUGAACCAGAGAUUCUUAGCACAGAACGAAUGUCGACCGAGAAACCUAAAUUCGAAGAUGAUACCUUUGAGACACCAAAUCCAAUAUUAGAAACUGAUACUACUGCAGAUAUAGUAGAAUUAGUAGAACAUACAGAAACUACAUUACAAGAUGUAUCCACUAAAACUUCGCUAGAAGAAGAAGUGACAGUAUUGCCCGUAGAAAAAUGGACAACGGUGACUCCGGGUGACCAGUUAAUCGAUCAUAAAUAUACGGAAAAAGAUGAACUUCCAUCAGAAAAACCACAGGAGCAUGAUUACGAUCCUGAAUCUUCGUCAGAAAAGGACCUAACUACCCAAACAUCAAUAUCACUCGAAACCGAGAGCAGUCAAAAACUUGACAUUGAAAUCGAUCGUACCACUAGUACUGGGGAAUUAUUACAAGAAUCGUCAACGAGUGCACCUCCACUUCAACAAACAGAACAUGAUCAAAAGCAAGGAGCUGAAACCUCAACUCCAAUUUCCAUAUCAGAAUCAGAAGAAGCAUUCAGUGAAAAAGUUACUACUGACACAUCAAAAAUAUAUGAGGAUAAAACAACUCAACCUGAUCACGUUGUCAGUACUACAGAAGAACAAUUACCAGAUAUGAUUUCAGAAGUCCAUCCAUCAACGGAGGAAUUACCUGAAAAACAUCCAGCUACUACUCUAUUGCCCGUACAGUUCACAAACGAAAUUCCAACUACAGUUGCGUCAACUGAAAAACCACAACAUGAAAUUUACACUACAAUUUCGGCUCCUGAUUCAACAGAAGUCCCAACUUUAAUUACGUCUAUUGAACAAUCAUUAGAUGACUUCGAAAAACCCGUGGAACAGGCCCCCGACAAAAUAGCUGUCACUACUGAAGCAGAUAUAAUAACUACGAUACAGCCAGAACUAGAACAUUUGCUAACAUCUACUACAACGUCUGAAAUCGAGAAAUUACCUACUGAAAUAACAACAGUGCAGCCAUCCAUUGCUCAAUUACCAGAUGAAACAACAACAACUCUACCCAUUGAACGACUACCCCCUCAUGAAGAUGCUACUUCUACUACUGUAUUGCUCGAACUUUUAGCCAAUGAAAGUUCUACAAUACAGCCAUCUGAACAAAUACCAGAAGAAACUUCUACCACGAUCUUACUACCCGAUGAAUUACCUCAUGAAAUUUCAACUACAAAUCUAUUAACACAACAAACAGAAUUUGAUUUGAAGCCCACGGAAGCAUCAACAAGUCCUGCUCUUGAAAUCAAAGAAACUGAUCGCGAUAAAGUAUCUACUGAUAUAUCAUCAGAUGAAUUAUACAUAACAAAACAACCAGAAUACGAGGAUACAUCUCAUAAAAUAUCUACUACUGCCAGUUCAGGUAUACUGGAAACUGAACACGACAAAGAAUUAACAGGAGUAUCACCGACUAUACUUCCAGAACGCGACCAUUCCACUCAUGACGCGAAACCAACAGAAAAUGAAACAUUUACAACUAUUAGUGAAUCAUCAAGUCCAAGUACUACUAUUAUCGAUAAACAGAUUACAACUUUACCUUCUACCGUUGUUGAAGAAAGUACAUCAUCUUCAGUAUCUGAUAUCCCGGUAAUUCAAGAAGAUAUUAAAAAAGAGGAGGAUGAAGAUAAAUUAACUACACUUUCUCCUACAUUUACAACGAAAGAAGAACAAGUUACUCCAAUUAUUUCUGAUAAAGUAUCUACUGUAGAACCUGAAGUUGAUAUAAAUUUGGGAACAGGAAAACCAGUUGAAUUUGAUCAUUCACAUGAAACAACUGAAGCGGACGGGGAAUUCUUACCUGCAUCACCCAAAACAACAACUCGUAAGACAGAAGAAGAAGAACCAACAACACAAGCUACAUUGCUCGACAAAACUACUAAAAUUGAAGACAAACUUAGUGAUGUGCCAUCAACAGCGGCACCAGAAAUUCCAAAACCCGGAAUUAAUGAAAUCCCAAUCACUGAUGAAGUUGUUGAACCAGAAGAUCAUGAAGAUCACGAAGGACCUAGUGCCAGUGGAGGUUAUGGUUCUGACUAUGCUGAUGACGAUCAACCGUUCGGACCAGGCACUUGUCGUUACGGAGGAAAAGUUUAUGUAUCUGCUCAACAAAUACCCAGGGAUGAUCCAUGUGAUUUCUGCUUCUGUUUCAGAAGUGAUAUUAUAUGCUUACAACAAAGUUGUCCGCCUCCUAUACACGGCUGCCACGAAGAACCGAUACAAGGUUUCUGUUGUCCAAGAUAUGAAUGUCCGGUAUCUAUGGCCACCGCUCUUAAUGUUACAACAACAACAACAACGACUACGACAACACUGCCGCCACAUUUCUUGCCCCAUGCUUACAAAGGUGCAGCAUAUAAAAGAGGUUGUCAAAUAAAAGGACACACAUACAAAGUAGGAGAGGUGGUGCGCGCGUCAUCAGGACCAUGUUUACAUUGCACAUGUGGAGGUGACGGCCAAAUGAAAUGCGACCCCAAGGCGUGUACGCCAGAGCCAAUGCUGAGGCAAAUGAUUGCAGCAGCUGUGUCCGCUAAGAGAAGAAGGUGAAAUACCUUCGAUUAGUCGUCAGAUUUCACGAAUAUGUCAUCACAAGGUUAAAGUAUCUAUGUGAUAAAAAUUCCAUCUACUCUUCAAUGCACAAUAAUAAUGCUCAAAUCCCGAUGGAAUAGUUUAAGGUUUCGUGUCAUAUAUAAUAAUUGAUAUUAUGUUACUUUAAAAAGUGUCGUGGCACAACUCAAUAAUAAACAAAAAAAUAAUGACUGUGAUCGAACUGUUAAAUUAUAAUAAUAAUUUUCAGAAUCUGAUUUUAUUACAAAAAAUAUUUCUUCAAGUCUUUAAUUAAGACUAAUUUAUUACUAUUUAUGUUUCUAACAAGUCAGUGCCAAACGAUAGUGCUAAGUUGUAAACGACUACGCCUGUAUUACUUUAGGCAUUCGAUGGAUUGUUAUAUGUUUCAUAAAACAUUUCGUAAUGACCAAAGCGAAGCGAAGCUAAGAACUAUCCCAGGUAUAUAAGUAAAGAAUUUUCUUAUUCUUAUACUUCAAGCUUCGUUGGUCAAUAGAUUGCCGAAAUCUUGACCAUUUUACAAGUAAACUUGUUUUACCGAUAAUAAUUUUAGUCAAUUUCUUUGUUUUUACACGAUGUUACAGUAAGCGAUCUAGUAUCGUGUAAAUAUGAAGUAUCAUAAGAAUUCCUGAUGUUGUAAAUGCCUUACUUAAUUUGUAAUAAUUUAUAUAUUUUAGGUGUAUAGUACUUAAGCCAUGUUUUGAGACCAGUGACUAUUAUAAUUUAGAAGUAAAUUGCAAUACGAGAAAAGUGUCGGCCGACGCAUAGCGAGUAGAUUCCGCCUUGGCCAACACUUUUCCUAUAUUCACGUCUUACGGAAAACGAUUAUUUUAUCUUGUUUUCCCUAAUUCGAGAACAUUCAAUUUUUGCUAGCACUUAGGUAUUUCGGUGACAGUGGUCAACGUUUUCAAUGUUUUGUAAAAACCUUUUGUAAUGGGAAAGAAGCGAUACUAAAUAUAUCGUAAAGUCUUUUGUAAUUUUUUAUAUUAAAGUGCUAGUAGAUGUAAUUGUCAAAAAGCAGAGUGAGAUAGGUACGAAAGCCGCAUUAUAGACUUUUGCAAUCGUUUAUUAAUAUGGACAAGGAACGUAAAUCAAAACGGUAGCAUUAAUUCGUACCAAUCUUCGUCUGUGCACACUGGUUAUAGUUAUUAUUUCAUUUAAUUUAUUUAAAGUUGUAGCAAUAGUAAUAAAAUUAAGUGAUGGUAGUAAACAUUCUGCUAUUUAAAAAAAAUACAGUUUUAAUAGGAACCAACCUAAUUUUAUUUGUUUAAAUAUACUUUACCGAGUCUAGCUGUCUGUGAAAAUGAUUUCUAAAUAAAAUAUUUCAAACGAAUCUGAAAA